UUGGCUGAACUCCUUGUCUUUCCCCCUGGAACUAUUCUUCCUGUGAUUAUAGCCUCAUUUUUGGUUUGGAGCACCACUGUUUACCCAGUCACUCAGCCUAAAAUUCUGAGUAUCAUCCUUGGUCUUUCCUCCUUUUCAGUCUCUUUUACCUCAGUACGGCCCCCAUUUUGAGUGUCCUCAACUAUUUAGCCGCCCGCCCUUCCUUCCCCCCAUCUAAUUUCUUCCUGGUAAAGAGAAGGCAAGGGGCCUUUGGUCUCACCAGCUCUCUUUUCCUUUUCUCUCCUUGUAUCUCCCAACUUGUUGGGAAAUUUAUGGAAACAUAAUGCAAAUAUGUGAACAGGUUGCUUCCCUGUUGAGACAAUUAAAGCCUGGACCCUGUAUACAAGGCCCUUUAUGAUUUGGCCUCCACUCACCUCUCCAGCCUUGUAUCCUUUUUUUCAAAUUGAACAUGUGAUUGUUCACUUUAUUCUUUUAUGCAUAUGCAGUUGCUGGUGACUAGAAAUGCUCUUCUCUCUUCUUUAAAUGGCCAAGUACUACAACAACAUAAUGUGGCUGCUUCAUAAAAUAAUUGAUGGCAUUUGUGGCCGAGCUUAUCCUCUCUACCAGGAUUAUCACAGUGUUUGGGAUUCGACAGAAUGGAAGAAUGUUCUAGAAGAUAUUACCAAAUUUUUCAAAGCUGUAGUUGGUAAAAAUUUACCUGAUGAAGAGAUAUUUCAGCAGUUGAAUCAGUUGAAUUCAUUUCAUCAAGAAGCUAUCAUGAAAUGCUUGAAAAGUAGGAAAGAUGAAAUCAAGAAGGCUCUGUUAGAAGAAAUAGUUGAUAUUUCUUCUGCACAGCUACAGGAUUUUGACUGGCAGUUAAAGCUUGCACUGUCUAGUGACAAGAUUGCUACGUUACAAAUGCCACUUUUAAACCUUACUCUAGACGUAAAAGAAAAUGGUGAAGUCAAACCAUAUUCUGUCGAAAUGAGUAAAGAAGAGCUGCAGAAUCUAAUAAAUUCCUUGGAAGCAGCUAAUAAGGUGGUCCUGCAGUUGAAAUAACUGGAAAUGAUGAAUACCAACACUAUCAGAUUUCACUGCUACACCUGAUAACGGCCGAGUGAAUACUGUGUGUUCAGAAAACCUGCAAUAUACGGACUCUUAUGCUGUGCUGAGAAAGCAACAGUGUUGAGAUUGCAAAGAUAAAAAUUUAUCAGCUUCCCUAAAGAACAGGAAAUGACAUGGUUGACUGGAAAUGCAUAAAAAUGAUAGAUGAGAAAGCUAUAAUAGCAGUUUAUAUUUUCGUAAUGGCUGUUUUGCCCCAUUUAUUAAAUAUUUGAGAAAUCUUUAUAGAUAUACAGUUUUAUUGAAAGUUGAAAAUAGGUUCUAAAGUAAUGUAAACAUACAAAGCACAAAUAUACUUGAAUGUUGCUUAAAGGAAUAUAUGAAUAGCAAGGAUGUGUAUUAUGGAUAUAUAUGAUUAAUUUGUAAUAUUUUAAAAAAUAACUUUUAAAGAAUGUAUAAGCUGCAUAUAUAACUCAGGAGAUUCCAUAUCUUUCUUAUAUUUCAAAGGAAAGAUUAUAAAAUGUAAAUUUCUUAGAGAAAGAAGCUCUUCUUCAGACAUGAACAAGAAAAAGUAAUUAAAAUUGUGUGAACAGUUUUGAGUUUAUGAAUUAUUAAAAUAUUACUAGAAUAGGAAAAAAUGAAAAUAACACUGUUACUUCUGCAUUUCUGUGUCUGAUUGGGAGGGUGUGCUGUGAUAAAGAGAAUAGAUGUCAUUGUAUAGUGUGUAUAUAACUAUUCAAAUAUUAGCUAAUACUAAAUAUAAGUGCAUUUUUGUUAUAAACCCUUAA